AUGGUCAACUUCCACAUCAGCGAGCCCCACCCAUCCGCCGGUGCCUACAUGUACUCUGGCCGCGGCGGCGCUGGCAACGCUAUGCGCAUCAAGUCUACUGAGGUCACCCCCGGUCCCACUGCCUCAGGCCCAGCUUCCCGCACCAAGCUGCCUCCCCCACCAAGCAACGCCUUCUACGCUACCGGUCGUGGCGGUGCUGGCAACAUGAAGAAGUCUGAACGCGCCAUCUUCAGCUUCGACGAGGAACUUCAACAACAAGAACGCCUCCGCACUCAACAAGCACCCGUCUACCACAUCGGUCGUGGCGGUGCUGGAAACCUUGUCGACGAGAUGAAGCCCCGAUCCCAACGCCAGAACUCCGCCUCCUCAACUGCCAGCUCAUCGAGCGUAGAGAGCGAGAAGGACGGUGUACGAAGGAGCGUGGAGCACGCAUGGCAGCGUCUGAGCAGGCAAUUCUCUCACCAAUAG